UAAAAGCUGAGCCUCAUUGCAGAAAAAGAAAGCCCUCCACCUUCAGGACCGAGUUGCUAAAAUCUCUCGGUGCUGUCCCUUUUAGCAUGAGAGAGAGAGAGAAAGUUGAAUUAUGGGAAGAGUACUCUUUCCACACCUCGAAAUUAAACCCUUUUGUUAAUUUGUUUGAAAUUUGAUUGCAUGGGUUCGAGAGCACUUGGAAAGAGAUGUUUGCUAAUUUGAGCUGCGGAACUGCAAUUCCCUUUAGCAAGAAUUUUGAUCCUACCACUCUUCCAACGAUGCCUUUUUCAGGUACCAUCCGUCACCAAGUGUCUGCUGUGCCACUACAUGAAGUGACAAAAUAAAGCCAAGUCAGGUUUUUAUUCUCUCUACUCCUCUCAUACACGCACAGUCUCUCUCUCUCUCUCUCUCUCGUAUCUGUAUCUGCCUCUCCUCAAGGAUUUAGGCCUAGAGAAAGAAACACAGAAGAAACCAGAUACUGCUGUUUGAGCCCUUUUUUUUCCCCAGCACAGGUGAAAGAAAACAAAAAAAAAAAAGACUUUCCAUGUUCCCAUCAGGCACCAUGUCCAACUCCACCUCCAUGUCUGAAGAAGCCAGUGUUUCUUCUGAUACCAGAGCCCAUGACUACAAUAAUAGCAUGGGCUCACUGUGCACACCCAUAUCUCCUCCCUAUCACCAACAACAGCAACAAGAGCCACAACCAAAGGCUAAGAAGAAGAGAAGCCAGCCUGGGAACCCAGACCCAGAUGCUGAAGUGAUUGCUUUGUCCCCAAAGACCCUGAUGGCUACCAAUAGAUUUGUGUGUGAGAUAUGUAACAAGGGUUUUCAGAGGGAUCAGAACCUCCAGCUCCACAGGAGGGGCCACAACCUGCCAUGGAAGCUGAGGCAGAGAAGCAGCAAGGAGGGGGUGAGGAAGAGGGUUUAUGUGUGCCCAGAGUCAUCCUGCAUCCACCACCACCCUUCCAGGGCCCUUGGGGACCUCACAGGGAUCAAGAAGCACUACAGUAGGAAGCAUGGCGAGAAGAAGUGGAAGUGUGAGAAGUGCUCCAAGAGAUAUGCUGUGCACUCUGACUGGAAGGCCCAUGUGAAGACCUGUGGGACAAGGGAGUAUAGAUGUGAUUGUGGUACCCUUUUCUCUAGGAAGGACAGCUUCAUCACCCAUAGAGCCUUCUGUGAUGCCCUGGCAGAAGAGAGUGCGAGACUCAUGGCCGCCACCACUGACGCCGCUGCAGCCACCGCGAUGACUACUUCGAUCUCCCAUCCACUCCUCCACCAUCCUCUCUUCCUCCCCUUCUCCUCUUGUGACUACCUCCCAAACCCUAACCCUAACCCUAACUGCAACACUAGUCCAUAUCAAGUCAAACCUCACAACCCCCUACCCUCCCUCCUCCACCACCUUCCUACCACCAUCUCCCCCUACUUGUCAGCCACCAUGCACCCUCUUCCAACCACCAGAUCCGCCACCAUCUCCACCGCCGCCGGCGGCCAGAUGGGCAGCUCCAUGUUCGACGCCGGGGAUCCGUCCGCAUGGCAGAGGAGCGACCGCCUGACCAGGGACUUCCUCGGGGCGGCGGCUGGCGACACCGGCGAGGAGGGGCUGCUCUCCCUAACCGGAGCCCUCGGCCUGGAUCUGGUCACCGCCGCCUCCUGCGACCGCGGUGACCACGCCAAGCACUUCGUCGGCUUCCCCCCGGUCACCGGGACGUGGGGUGACUGUUAAGCUCACUCCCGCGCCCCUCGUUUUGGGUUCGGGUUGUAUCUUCCGCACGGAAGAACGAUUCCCCUUCUUUCGCGACUUCAACCCUUGGAUCGCGCAAUGUCCGCUUCAAGAUCAGUGUAAAUCGCAAUCCAACUGUUGGCAUCGACAAAAGAGAUCGAUCAUUCUUUGGCGCGAAUGAUACAACCCGAACCCCCUCCACGAUUAUGCCACCCGCCCAGAAGGAUUAAUCUCUUUUCCUUUUGUGAAUUUUUAUUCUACUUUACUUUUUGAAGUUUAUAUAUAUUGUUAGAACAAUGGAAGGCAUAUCGUGAA